AUCAGUGGACUUUGUAGAAGUCAGUGGAAGCAGAGGCGAGGACUUUGUUAAUGAAGAGUUAGACCAGUUUCACUGUUUAAUGACAGUAACGUUGGAUUUAGCUUCUCACCUGUGGAGAUGAUACAGUAAUUUUAGUGAACAACUGUGAUGGCUGACCUCCCAUCUGGACUGCUGGAGGCAUGUGUUGUGAUUGGGGCCCCCAUUGAUAAACUUCGAGACCUUCAUCAGAAUCAUCAGCAGACAAAGUUAAACGAUCACAGCGCGCUAGAAGCGGAGGUACUGCACGUCCACGCACCCCCCUUUGUUACCAAGGAGACCAACUCUACCCAGGCGAUUGGUCCGGCCUUCAGCCGUGUCCAGAGGAGGAAGAGCUUUAUUAAGAAGAAGAGGCGAGAUCGUGCUCCAGAGCCUUUAUUAAAUGGAGACACUGCCAGUCGUGCAGAAGUAUCGUCAGCGACAGAGGACAUCAGUGUUCCAAAGGACCUGGACCUCAUUGCUUUGCCCCAGCUAUGUUUCCCUGGUGGUCUUCAGUUAGCCACUGAGCAGAGGGAAGACAGUUAUCACUUCCUGGUUUUUACCGACUUGUUUGGGAACCGGACCCAUGCCGUUGUUGUGCAGUAUUACAGAGCAGUGCAGUCCUGUCAUGAAGGCGUUGUCCAUAACGGCCACAGAUGGAAUUCAUCAAAAGCUUGUCUCUACGCGCCCUUUGCUGUGUGUGUCAUCUCUAAGUUCCCCUAUUACAAUGCUCUAAGAGACUGCUUGUCAUGUCUCCUGGUCCAGUUACGGCCUGCAAGACAAACAGACUUUGAGGAAACAAUCAAGGAGUUUUCCGCCAAACUCUCACUGGUCCCUUUACCGCCUCCUGGACAGCUACAUGUGUCCUUCAGUCUCCGUCCUCUCCACGUGGUUCUUCCAUCCAGAGACGAUCAGGACAGUCCAGUGAUCGACAUCGACCUGCAUCUGCCUUUCCUCUGUUUCACACAUGCAGCUCUCCUCCAGGUGCUCUCCUGCCUUCUCCAAGAACAGAGACUGGUCUUCUUCUCGUCGGACUGGGCUCGACUCACUCUGGUUGCAGAGUGUGUUCUGUUGUACCUGCAGCCUCUGUCCUGGCAGCACCCGUACGUCCCCGUCUUAGCCAGAGGAAUGUUGGACUUCCUCAUGGCUCCCACUGCUUUCCUGAUGGGCUGCCACAUCAAUCACUUUGAAGAAGUUGCUGCCGAGACAGAAGAUCUUAUCCUGGUGAAUGUUGACGAUGGCAGCAUUCAGUCGUCCUGGUCUGAAUCCAUUGACCUGCCGUAUAUUCCUCUGGCUGCAGCCGAGUGCUUUAUGUCAAGAGCUGAGGCUCUUCAGCUUCAUUAUGACCUGGAACUGUGUCACCUCGGAGCGGGCACUGAUGCCAACACCCUGCGGUGCCAACGCCGGGACUGGCAGAGACGACUGAACACACAGAUACAAAACAUCGCCCUGGAGCUGGUGGUCAACAUUUUCAGAGGCGUGCAGGACUUUUUGAACCAUGAACACAGAGUUUUUAACAGUGAGGAGUUUCUGAGGACCAGGGAGCCAGCAGACCAGGGCUUCUACAAGAAGGUAUUAGACACUCAUAUCUUCCACUCAUUCCUGCGAGACAGGCUGAACAGGAAACAGGACACCUUCAGUCGCAUGGAGCAGAAAACACGUAACAAUGCACCCAGGAAUCGAGCAAUGACCGAGUCUCCCCGUCGUCCUCCCAUGUCUGAACUGUCCAGAAGUGGCUACAACAGCUACACUAACCCCAGUGACAGACUGAGUAAGAGGCUCGGAGCCAGUCUGCCUAACCUGGAGCAGUCUGCUAACGACACUGUGACCGGCAUCAGCUGCAGCCGGCCAGCCUCCCUCAGAAAGAUGACUCCUGAUAUUGGGUUGAAGUUCCUCCAGAAGACAGUGAAGGUUUUCCGUCUCCCAGAGUUCCCACCUCCUCUGGCUUAUCAUUAUGUGCAGAACUAUUAUUCCGACAUGGUGGCUUCACUGGGGAAGGCUAUUAGUGCUACACCACCUGAGGAGUCUGCUCUCCUGGCGAGGUAUCACUACCUGCGUGGUUUGGUGAACACUGUGUCCAACAAGCGUCUGGAUGCAUUGGAGGAUUUCCAGAGUCUCUAUAAGACGGACUCGGAUAUCUUCCCCUCUCAGAUGGUGAAGUCACUGGUUGACUCUAUGCCAGAAAGUGAACGCUUACAGGCAGACAGACGUCCGGAGCUCAAGCGUCUCAUCAGCCGAGUAAAGCGGGACCAGGAGCGGGAGCGAGCGCGCCACGGAAACAGCCACGAGGAAGGUGCCGUGAAGCGCUUCCAGCUGCCCAAGAAAUACAUGCCACUGGAGGAGUUUGUGAAAUGUGUCCAGGAGUCUGGGAUUGUAAAAGACCAGGGGACGAUACACAGACUCUUCGAUGCUCUAACUGUUGGUCAUCAGAAGCAGGUCGGUCCAGAUUUGUUCAGAGUGUUUUACACCAUCUGGAAGGAAACUGAGGCUGAAGCACAGGAGGUGUGCUUGCCUGCGUCCGUGUUGGAGCACAUUGAACCCAGCGAAUGUGUCUUUAAGCUUUCCACUUCGGUCAAAACGAGCCGCGGAGUCGGGAAGAUCGCCAUGACCCAGCGCCGGCUCUUCCUGCUGACCGACGGGCGACCGGGAUACGUGGAGGUGGCGCAGUACCGCGAUUUAGAGGAGGUGAAGGUGUCCUCGGCUCCGUUCCUGCUCCUGCGGAUACCGAGCCUGAAGCUACGUGUUCGCGGCAGGAAGGAGGCGUUUGAGGCCAAUCUGAAAACAGAGACUGACCUCUGGAACCUGAUGGUCAAAGAGAUGUGGGCCGGUCGCAACAUGGCUGACCAGCACAAGGACCCCCAGUACAUGCAGCAGGCCCUGACCAAUGCCUUGUUAAUGGACGCAGUCGUGGGCAGCCUUCAGAACAGCAAAGCCAUCUACGCUGCCUCGAAGCUGGCUCACUUUGACCGCAUUAAGAUGGAAGUCCCGAUGAUGGUUCCCAAGACGACGGCAGAAA